CACUUCCGGGAAGCGGCGGUUUGAAUUCAAAAGUGUCAGGCGGGCGCGCGCGCGCGCGCGGGGGAGGCCGGGAGGAGCAGGAGCAAGAGCAGGAGGCCGAUAGGGGCAAUCGGGACAGGCUCGGAUAUCGCGACAGAAGCGCCCCCUGCUGGCCUGCGCGGGGAGGGGGAGGAGAGGCGAGCCAUGGAGCCCAGGAAGCCCCCCCUGACGGAACGACGGCCCAACGGGCGGCCGCCUCCUCCGGGCGGCGCCGCGUCCCGCCUGCCCCGCCCGGGCGCCAAGCGCAGCCUCGACCGGGAGAACGGACCCCCGCCGCACCAGAAGCGACCCCGAGGACCCAGGACGACCCCCGGCGCCGCCGCCUCCUCGAUGCCCGCCCCGCCCGGCCCCAAGAUCCCCAAGAAGCCCACGGCGCGGCCGGGACCCGCUUCCAUCAGAGGGGUCCCGGCGACGAAGAGGACGGCGGCGGCGGCGGCGACCCCCGGGGCCGGACGGGUCCCGGGGCGGCCGGCGGCCCUGCGGGCGGAGCUGGCGGCCUGCCGGGCGCGGGCCGAGGCGCUGGACGCCGAGCGGGACGCCCUGCUGGGCCGCCUGGCCGGGGCGGAGGAGCGGGCGCGGGCCCAGGAGGACCGGGCCCUCCGGCUGGAGGAGGAGCGGCGGGACCUGGCGGCCCGGCUGGACGCCCGCCAGGCGCGGCUGUCGGCGGCGGAGGCGGCCCUGGCGCGCAGCCUGGAGGAGGCGGCGGGCCUGCGGGCGGAGCGGGCGGCGCAGGGCGAGCGGCUGCACGGGCUGGAGAUGGAGCGGCGCCGCCUCCACGACCAGGUGCAGGACCUGAAGGGCAACGUGCGCGUCUUCUGCCGCGUGCGGCCGGGGCCGGCCGGGGAGCCCGGCCCGCUGACCUUCCCGGCCGGGCCCGGGCCCGGGCCCACCCGGCUGACCCUGACCCGGCCGGGGCCGCCGGCCGCCCGCCACGACUUCCGCUUCGACCGGGUGUUCCCGCCGGGCAGCGGGCAGGAGGAGGUGUUCGGCGAGGUGGCGCCGCUGGUGCAGUCGGCGCUGGACGGCCGCCCGGUCUGCAUCUUCGCCUACGGCCAGACGGGCAGCGGCAAGACCUACACGGUGGAGGGCGGCCCGGAGGGGGAGGCCGGGGCGGAGGGGCUGAUCCCCCGGGCCGUGCGGCACCUCCUGGGCGCGGCGGGCGGGCUGCGGGCGCGGGGCUGGCGCUACGCCUUCGCCGCCGCCUUCCUGGAGGUCUACAACGACGCCGUCCGCGACCUGCUGGCCGAGGGGCCCGCCGGGCCCUGCGGGGUGCGCCGGGCCGGGCCCGCCGGGGACGAGCUGGCCGUCACCGACGCCCGCCGCGUGCCCGUCGACAGCCUGGAGGAGGUGGAGGAGCUGCUGCGGCGGGCGCGGGCCCGGCGGGCGGUGGCCCGCACGUCCCGCAACGCGCGCUCGUCGCGGAGCCACGGCCUCUUCCAGCUGCACAUCGCCGGCGACCACCCGGCCCGCGGGAUCCGCACCCGGGCCACCCUGAGCCUGGUGGACCUGGCCGGCAGCGAGCGGCUGCGGGACGGCGACGGCGGCGACGGCGAGCGGCUGCGCGAGACCCAGGCCAUCAACUCCUCCCUCUCCGCCCUCGGCCUCGUCAUCACCGCGCUGGCCAACAAGGAGCCGCACGUGCCCUACCGGAACAGCAAACUCACCUACCUGCUGCAGAGCUGUUUGAGCGGCAGUGCCAAGACGCUGAUGUUCGUGAACAUCUCCCCGCUGGAAGAGAACCUCUCCGAGUCGCUCAACUCGCUCCGCUUCGCCGCCAAGGUGAACCAAUGUGUCAUCGGGAGGGCCCAGACCAACCGGAAAUGAGGCCGCAGGGCAUGCUGGGAGCGGGGGGGGGAGGGUUUUUAGGGGGUCUACAUUGCAAUAAACGUUGUGCUUUCCUUC